AUGGAUUUAUUAAGUGAAGCGAGUAAUGGACCAAGGGUGCUCACAGCUAGACAUAUUUCUGAUAUACCACAAGAAAUUAAUAAUCCGAUAAACACAACACUAUUGUGUCAUACAUAUAGCUUGCAGCCGGAUUUUGCUUCAUAUACCGCAGUUCUCAAGUCAAACGCAUAUGUUAUUUGGUCGCUUGGUUUGUUGGUUGUUUUGACAAUAUGCGUAUUGUACGUGGUAACGUUAAGAUCUGCUUUACGACAUUGGAAAGACUCAAAAACCAGCGCAGCUAUCGUCCUGGCUGUAUAUCCGUUGGUGGCAUCAGCCGCUUUUCUUAUGACGGUGGUACCACGAGCCUGUGUUCUGGCCGAAGCGAUCUCACAAGAGGUAGUAAUGGUGGCCAUGUACCACUUCUACUUCAUGGUUAUAUCUGAGUGCGGUGGGGUUAACCAACUCGUUAGGAAGAGUUUGACGUGGUUGAGGUAUCUUGUGCUUCAGAUGCCUGUCAUCCAAGCUAUUAUUUACGUCAUUAUCCUGAUACUUUGGGCCGAAGAUUUGAUGCUAUAUUUGAAUAGUCUCAUCUAUAUAAUCCCGUUCAUAGCGGCGUCGAUUCUGUCCGGAGUAUGGGGGGUCAUCAUGUGCAUUAAGACAGCGGAGGCCGUAGGAGCUAAACCUAAACCUAGGUUCCUAGCCCUUCAACUGGUCUUAAUUAUAGUCAAACUACAGUGGGGCAUAACGAAAAUGUUGCCAGGAAUGGUUAAACUACCCUGUCUAACUGCAUUACAUCCAUCCGUAUUUGUUAAUUUGAUACAGAGUAUCGUUAUGAUGCUGGAAAUGCUUUUGCUCUCUAUUUGGGCCUAUCGAUUGUAUAGCGUUCCACCGGGAAAAGACGCUGACAGAGUUCAACAUAUUGUGGUCGCCGUACUUGAAGAUAGUCUUAGCACCAGUGAAAAAACUAAAGAGGAUAAGAGUUAA